AUGAUUCUCACUCGCAAAGCCCAUGCUCGCCAAGAGGAGUCUAAACUCAGCCUGGCUUUGAGCGAAUUGAAGGCAUCAAAGGAGUUGUGUGAUCAAUUGUUGGGGGAAAGGGAUGACAAUGAGAGGGAAUUCUUGCUUAUUUUGGACCAAAACAAGAAGCUGAAACGUGAAAUGGCUCUGUUAAACAUUCAACACACAGAAGCCAUUGAGGCCCGGGAUAGGCUCCAAUUCGUUGUGGACGAAUUCAAGCAGUGUAGCGAGGAGUAUGAAACCACUUUAAAUGACAAAACGCUACUAAAACAACAGCUACAUGAGGCCAACAGUCAAAUUUCUGAACUAGAAAUAUUAAACUUAAACAUCACGGCCGGCUUGAAUAAUAGUUUAUUCAGUGAAUUGGUGUCAGCCCAAGCUUCUCAACUACAAUAUAGUGAUGUAAAUUUAGAUUUAAAUCCAUUAACUUCAAAUCAGACUACAGAUAAUGAUGCAUGUCACCCAGUGAAAUUUGUUAGUUCUAGUCAUAAGAAGCUUAAGAAAUACAUAAGAAUCAGUAAAUUUAUAACUAAAACAAACAGAUUAGUAAAGAGACAAAAGUUCUUCAUAAAAAAUGUAAAAUUAAAUAGAGAACGUUUCCAGCUUCUGAAACAACUUAGUUUAUACUCAUCAAAAUUAAAUCAAAGUGCUAGGAAAUAUGAAACUGAUACACAGAGCCUGCAGUCAGAACUAGAACAAUUAACAUCAAAGUUAGAAAUAAUGUCUAAUAAAUAUAGUGCUUCAGAAAGGCAGAUGAGGGAAUACAUGUUGGCAAUGAAUGAGUUGGUAAGCUCGCAGGAGAAACAGUGUGAGAAGUGCACUCCUGAUGCUAUACUGCCUGCUCUUUCUGUGCCAGCAUGUGAGACCACCUUACCUCAUGGUAGAGGUUUACUGUUUAAUAAUUGUAAUCCUAGUAAUCAUAAUAUUGUCAUUUUCAGUGAUGAGAUUGGAAAGAACUUAGGUUCAAUGUUUGAUGAAAAGGAAAGCAUUUCGGGCGUGCAGCAGCUCAAGUCUUCAGUUCAGAAAGGCAUCAGGGCGCGUCUGCUUGAGCUGUACCCACACUUGGAGAACUACAUCGAUCAAGUGCUCCCUAAAAAGGACACUUUUAGAAUUGUCAAAUGUCACGACCACAUCGAGAUUAUGGUGAACAGCGCUGGGGAGCUGCUGUUCUUUCGCCAGCGGGAGGGCCCAUGGAUGCCAACUUUGAAACUCCUUCAUAAAUAUCCAUUCUUCCUACCAAUGCAGCAGGUGGACAAGGGUGCGAUCCGCUUCGUGCUCAGCGGUGCUAACAUCAUGUGCCCGGGGCUAACCUCACCUGGCGCUCGGAUGAGCAGCGUGGACAAGGGACAAGUGGUCGCUGUGAUGGCUGAAGGAAAGGAACACGCUCUAGCUGUCGGAUGCACUGCUCUAUCUACCGAUGACAUAGCCAAAGUAAACAAAGGCGUGGGCAUCGAAAACUGUCACUAUCUCAACGAUGGCUUGUGGCAAAUGAAACCAGUGAAGUAA